GCAAAAGGUUUUCUCUAUUCUUCUUCUUCCGAUGUAUCAAAUCUUCUUUUUCUUCUUUCUUACAACCUUCCACAGUUAUUACUAUGUCUCAGCUCAGCCUCCUGCUCCUCCGCUCAGUAACGGCGAUCUCGUCGCAAACUUCGAGCCGAGUUUAGCCAUCGUCACAGGAGUUCUCGCCAUCAUGUUCGCACUCACUUUCGUGCUCCUCGUCUACGCUAAGUGCUGCCACAUGGAUCUCCUAUCAGGUUCCGGCGACGGUAGGCGGCAAGAUCGUCUGAUCCGACAAGGGUUUUUCUUCAACCGGUCAACUAACUCCUCAGCUCGAUUCUCCGGUUUAGACAAGACAGCUAUCGAGUCACUUCCUAUGUUUAGAUUCUCAGCUUUGAAAGGAUCAAAACAAGGGCUUGAGUGUUCUGUUUGUUUGUCUAAAUUCGAAAGUGUUGAGAUUCUUAGGUUAUUGCCUAAAUGUCGUCACGCUUUCCACAUCGGAUGCAUCGAUCAGUGGCUUGAACAGCACGCAACGUGUCCUCUCUGCCGAAACAGAGUUUCAGUCGAAGAAGAAUCCUCUGUUUAUAUAAACAGUUUUCGGUUCUUGAAUGAGUCUGCGAGAAGAGAAGAUUCGAGUUUGGAGCUUUACAUCGAGAGAGAAGAAGAAGAAGAGGAGAGAAGAAGAAGACAGAGAGAGGAAGUUGGUAGCUCAUCGAGAUUCAGCAUCGGAGGGAGUUUCAGGAAGAUUCUAAAACUAGGUCAUAAAGAAAAACCCUUGCUUGAGCAACAAGGAAACGAUAAAGACGAGAACAAAGUGAUGCAUAAGUUCAAUCACAGGAUAUUUGUAUCUGAUGUUGUGUUCAAGAAUCGUUGGAGCAACGUGAGUUCAUCGGAUUUGAUGUUUUUGAAUUCGGAGAUGGUUAGUUCGAUCUCCAGCGAGAGAUUCUCAUUUAGGAGAAGCAAUGAAGAGGAUCAAAGAGGUAACUUGCGGAUCGAGGAAGAUAUGGAGAGCAAGUUGAGUUCCAUGAAAACUAUGUUGUUGUCGGAAAGCAACGACUCUGGUUCGAAAUCAAGAAGUGUUAUGACCGAGACAGGAAGAAGAUCGGUCUCCGAGAUCACAACGGUUCCUAGACUCAGUAUUGCGGUUCAUGGCGAUUGCAGCGGUCCAACCGCAGCGACUGCGUCUGAGACGGAGGAGAGAAGACGGCGUUUGUGGCUGCCGAUCGCUAGAAAAACCGCUCAAUGGUUUGCUAACAGAGAAAAAAGAAAUCAAAUUAAUACAACAUUCCAACACUUUAAUGUUUAGUUUAUUUAUUUUCCUUCAUGAAUUGCAAU